GGAUACUGAAUCUGAGGAAGGUUUCUCUCUCUUCCCUCCAACCACUUACUUGGGCAUGAUAUAAGUAGAGCCACCAUGUCUCCAGGCCACGGCUCACACAAAGUUAGCACUCAUCCUCACUCGCCUGCUGGUGGUUAUAACCAACCAACCAACCAACCAAUCUCCUCCUCUCACUCGAAGUUUCACAACCCCCCUACCUCUGUUUAGUACUCGGCCACCAUGAAGUUUAUGAAACUUGGCAAUAGGCCCGACACCUUCUUCUCCCCCUCCGACUCCGAGAGGUCCGUGUAUACGGAGGUGGCCACUGACCUGCAGAUCCUGGUGGGCAAAUGCCUCUAUCAUCUCCACAAGUUUCCCCUGCUCUCGAAAUGCCUGCUUCUGCAAGCGCUCUGUGCCGAGUCCGGCUGCGGCGGCGACGGCGACCUCAUCGAGCUCGCGGGCUUCCCGGGCGGCGCCGAGGCGUUCGAGGUCUGCGCCAAGUUCUGCUACGGCAUCACAAUCACCGUCAGCGCACGCAACCUCGUCCCGCUCCGCUGCGCGGCCACUCACCUCGGCAUGUCCGAGGCCGCCGACCGCGGCAACCUCGUGGCAAAGCUCGACUCCUUCCUCGCCUCUUGCCUUCUCCGCCGCUGGAAGGACGCGCUCGCCGUGCUCCACUCAACACGCCACAACGUGCCGCUAUGCGAGGAGCUCGGCCUCACCUCCCGCUGCGUGAACGCCGUCGCCGACCUCAUCGCGAACCCUGCCGCCGCCGUUAUCCCCGCCAAGUCCACGUCCGCGUCGCCCUGGUGGGCGCACGACAUCGCAGAGCUCGGCGUUGACAUGUUCUGGCGUAUCAUGGUGGCCGUGAAAUCGACGGGCGCCGUCAACGAGAAGACCAUCGGCGACGCGCUCAAGACGUACGCGCGCCGGUGGCUGCCCAACGUUGCCAAGGACGGGCUCGCCGCGGAGCAACCGUUCGACGACGCCGCCGGCGCCAGCGUGAAGCAGAUCAGCACGAGGCAUCGCCUCCUCCUGGAGAAGAUCGUGAGCCUUCUCCCGGUGGACAAGGACGCCGUCUCCUGCGCGUUCCUCCUCAAGCUCCUCAAGGCGGCCAACAUCCUGAGCGCGUCCGCCGCGUCCAAGGCAGAGCUGGUGAGGCGGGUGGCAUGGCAGCUCGAGGAGGCGAGCGUUAGCGACCUUCUCAUCCCGUCAGUGUCCUGCAUGAGUGACAUGCUGUACGACGUGGACGCCGUGGCGGCCAUCCUCCACGAGUUCACACUGCGGCACGCGGCGGCCACCGCGCCGGCGAGGAGCCCCGACGACAACAGCCCGGCACGGUCGGACGGGCACCGGCGGUCGCGGUCCGACGAGAGCGUGGGUUUCGACGGCGCGCGUCGGUCGUCGUCGGCCGCGCCGGUGUCGCAGUACGCGUUGGCGAGGGUGGGCAGGCUAGCGGACGCGUUCCUGAUGGAGGUGGCCAAGGAUCCCCACCUGCCCGUGGAGAAGCUGCUCGCAAUUGCUGAGGCCGUGCCUGACAGUGCUCGGCCGGAGCACGACGGGCUCUACAAAGUCGUCCACUCGUACCUCAAGGCGCAUCCGGAGAUGAGCAAGAGCGCAAGAAAGCGGCUGUGCCGGGUGCUGAACUGCCGGAAGCUGUCGGAGAAGGCGUGCUCGCACGCGGCGCAGAACGAGCUCCUCCCUCUCCGCGUCGUGGUGCAGGUGCUCUUCUUCGAGCACGCGCGGGCGGCGGCGCUGUCGGGCGCGCCCGUCGCCGGCGAGCUGCCGAGCAACAUCAAGGCGCUGCUGUCAAAGUCCGGGUCGGAGGAGGACGACGCCGACCGGGUCGACGAGCAGCGGCUCCGCGCCCUGGCGUCGGGCGCGUCCCCGGGGGACGACUGGAGCGUGGAGGGGCUCCGGCGCGCGGCGUCCAAGAUCGCCACGCUGCGCAUGAAGAUGGAGGAGGAGGAUGAAGACGACGACGAGUUCGUGCGCAAGGCCGGGCUGUCGCGCAGCGCGUCGCUGCGGUUCAGGGCCUUCUGCGCUAUGCCGGCGGGGAACCCGAAGCGGAUGCUCAGCAAGCUGUGGCCGCUGGGAAGAAGCGUCACCGCCGACCGGCAUUAGCAGCCAGCCAUUAGGUUUUUGUAAUUGCUUCUUUUCUGUCUCAUAUUUUUGUUGGCUUGUCUACCUUGCCCAAGGCCCAAGGUUGUUUCUCUUGCCUCAUCUGUUGCAGUUUUGAGGCUGAGUGUACCUUCGUGUAGCUGUGAUCAUGCAUAAUUUUGUUAAAAUAAAAAUAAAUCAAAUAGGAA